GCCACAAAAACCCCCCAACUCUAUCAAUAAAUCCAUCAAAAUGCCGUCUUCUUCAGUUGCCAUCCUCUCCAAAUGCACUGUCUUCCCAGAUCACAAAUCCAACUUAAAGAGACUCAAACUCUCUGUCUCUGAUCUCCCAAUGCUCUCAUGCCAAUACAUCCAAAAGGGUGUCUUACUCUCACGCCCACCUCAUCUCCAAUUCGACUCUUUCAUCCCUCUCCUCAAACUCUCUCUCUCUCUAACUCUCUGUCACUUCCCCGCCCUCGCCGGCCGACUCUCCACCGACCCCGACGGCCAUGUUCAAAUCCUCUGCAAUGACGCCGGCGUUGAAUUCGUUCAGGCCCGAGCCAAACACCUCUUCAUCGACGACAUUCUAGCCCCUCUAGACGUACCCAAUUGCUUCAAACAGUUCUUCACCUUCGACAACACUCUCAGCUACGCCGGCCACUAUAAGCCGUUGACCGCCGUCCAGGUCACUGAGCUCGGCGACGGCGUCUUCAUCGGCUGCACCAUCAACCAUGCCGUCGUUGACGGCACUUCCUUCUGGAAUUUCUUUAACACCUUCGCGGAGUUCACCAAAGGCGCCAAAAAGAUCUCCAAGUCGCCGGAAUUUUCCCGGGACACUGUUUUUAAUUCUCCGGCAGUUCUCCGAUUCCAGGAGGGUGGACCCACUGUGACGUUCUCCGGCGACGAGCCGUUGCGUGAGAGAAUUUUCCAUUUCAGCAGAGAAGCCAUUUUGAAGCUCAAAUUCAGAGCCAAUAAUAAUCAAUCAUUUGAAAAAGCUGAAAUUACUGAAAAAUUCGAACUUUUGGGAAAAGAAAGUAAUGACAGUUGGAAAGUCGUUAACGGUAUGACUAACGGCAAUAAAACGUCCCUUUUGACAGCGAAUCGGAAGGCUGAGAUUUCAUCAUUCCAGUCGCUCUCUGCUCAGCUGUGGCGCGCUGUCACACGUGCGAGGAAACUCGCGGCAGCAAAGACGACGACGUUCCGGAUGGCGGUGAACUGCCGACACCGGCUAGAACCGCGGCUCGAGCCGCUCUACUUCGGGAACGCGAUUCAGAGCAUCCCGACCGUUGCUUCGGCCGGCGAGCUCUUAUCCCGUGAUCUGCGCUGGAGCGCUGAUCUGCUGCAUCGCAACGUGGUAGCGCAUGGUGAUGCUACUGUGCGCCAGGGUGUGAAGGAUUGGGAGAGCAACCCAAGGUUGUUUCCGCUGGGGAACUUCGACGGUGCAAUGAUCACCAUGGGUAGCUCACCGAGAUUCCCCAUGUAUGAUAAUGAUUUUGGGUGGGGCCGACCUUUGGCAAUCCGGAGUGGUAGGGCCAACAAAUUUGACGGUAAGAUCUCGGCUUUUCCAGGACGAGAUGGAAAUGGGAGCGUUGAUCUUGAGGUGGUUCUGGCUCCGGCGACGAUGGCGGGUCUAGAGGAUGACAUGGAAUUCAUGCAAUAUGUGUCGUAGAUGGUGACGUGGCAAGAUCAGAAUGUUGAUUCGACGCUCUAAUGCUGAUGUCAGCUCAAUGUUUCACCCCUAGAGUCAAAUGAUGGACGGUGUUUCUUGGUAAAUGAUAAAAAGUUCAUUUCGCAGUCAUGGUUUUGUCUCCUUUGCCAUGUAGUAGCAGUGGCGGAUGUUGUUUACUACUACUACUACUAAAUUUGUUGCUCCUUUCCACUUCACUUCGCUAGAGAUUUAGAAUUCACAUUUCCAAUAUAGUAUUUUCCAUUAUUCUAAUA